UGCUUCAGAAACCAGGCAGCAUGUUGUUUCUCGAAUUGCCUUUGGAUCAUGCUCCAACCAAAGCGCUCCUCAGUUUAGAAUAUUUUGACUUCGCCCACUGUAGCGGAACUGUGUAAAAGAGACAAAAAUGCUCAAAUAAUUGGUGUAUGGAUGCUAUUCGUGCAGCUGAAAGAAGCAGAGGUGGAGAUGAACAUCAAUAACAUAACCAUUUUAAUAAAUCGAGAUGCCCAUGGAAAUGAGUUUCGUCCCAAAGAAUAGUUCUCUAGGUGGAAGAAAACGUAACUUUUAAUAUUUUACAGCAAUUUCAGAUUGAAAUACAAGGUGGCGGAGAUUUUAGUUAACAAUAUUGAAGUUUAUGGCAGAUGCCUUCCUUUCUAUUAUAUCAUAGGCAAGACUAUGCUGCCUUAGAUUUUCAGUAGAUCCAAGUUAUCAAGAGUCGGAGCUGCAUAUUAGAUGCUUUCCGAGCAUGGCCCUGGCCCAUCAAGCUAAUUUAUUGGUUUGAGCAUGAGUUGCAAUCUGACACUAGAUCCUUGAUUGACGAGUUUUCUUUGGCUGCUUUCUCUAAACCACCUUCUUCCCAGCUCAAGUUCGAUAUAUGUUAUCUUUGGGAUCUUUAUUGGGAUGAUUAAAUGAAAUGUCAAAAGUUCAUGUUUCAACUCACUGUAUCGAAGUUAUAUGCCUAUACUGUAUAUUUAAUAUUGUAUUUUUGAAGGAAAGCUCAUAUCAAAUUCGGUUAUAUUAUGUUAUACAUGGUGCUUCCUUUCUGAGUGAUAUUCUUUCUGAUGCCCAUUGUAACCCUGUCUUGUGGUUUUAUGCCAGCCCAUUUGGGAUGCAAUAGUCGAUUUCCAUCCCCAGAUUUUUAUAUGGAUGGGUGACAACAUAUAUGGAGACUUGAAGCGGCCUUUUAAAAUCUUUGGACCAGAAAGGACAAUUGGGCCAUGGAAGAACAUUCCACGAUUCUUCUCUUCCUCUCGGCAAGAAAUGGAGGCUAAAUACAGGGAAGCCAAGACCAGUCCGGGCUAUUCUCAACUUCGAGAAAAAGCUGAGGUUAUUGGUACUUGGGAUGAUCAUGAUUAUGGAUUAAAUGAUGCAGGAAAAGAAUUUUCUGAAAAAAUCACCAACCAAGUGCUGCUUCUUGAUUUUUUAGAUGAACCUCAAGAUAGCCCAAGGCGAAAGCAGGCCGGCGUAUAUGCAUCAUAUGUAUAUGGUCCUAUGGGUAGAGACAUCAAGAUUAUCCUGUUAGAUACCAGAUACCACAGAGACCCUGUAGGAAGUGAUGGAACCAUCUUGGGGAGUUCACAGUGGCUAUGGUUGGAGCAAGAGCUAAAGGGUCCAGCUACAGCCAUUACCUUAAUAGGAUCUUCUAUUCAGGUUAUAUCAAAUCUUUCAGCAGCCACUCGCCCACUGUUUGCUAUGGAAUCUUGGGGUCGUUUUCCUAAGGAGAGAGAUCGGCUUUUCAAAGUAAUAGCAGAUAGUAAGAGGAACGGAGUGCUCUUUAUAAGUGGGGAUGUUCACUUUGGGGAAAUCACAAGAUAUGACUGUGCACUGGACUAUCCACUGUAUGAUAUAACUUCUAGUGGGUUAACUCAAUCAAUUGAGGAAGUAGUCCCACCUUCCUUGCGUUUUCUAGUGAGAUUCAUUGCUUGGUUAACCCCAUCUACAAUGAGAGUUAAGGGUCAGAACUGCAGAUACAAAUCUUGUAUAUAUGGCAAACCUAAUUUUGGAACUAUUGAGAUAGAUUGGGAUUCUCACCCGGUGACAAUGAAAUUGGAAGUCAGGGAUGUAGAUGGAGUUCCUGUGACAGGUGUAAAUGUUUCAUUAUUGGAACUACAGAAAUCAAAGGUUGAGGCUCGGAACAAAGUAAAAGCUGGACAUUAUGAGAAGCAUUGCUCUCUUGAAACUUGUCUGCCAUGGAUUAUAAGAUAUCGUCUGGCUAUCUUGUUCUUGUCCAUCUUAGCUGUGUUGCUUCUUGUGCUCCUUGGGCUGGCUUACGCUAUCAUUAAACUUGCCAGCUGUGGAGUCUCCAAACUCAAGAAUGAUUGAGAUUUGUGGUUCUUCUCUCUCACAUCCCUUUUCUUUCUUUCUUUCUUUUUCUUCUAGGAAACAUAGUUUGAGAUGAGCCCUAGUGUUUAUAAUUUAUGAGUAAUAUAUUCAGUAAAAAAAAAAAUCCUCUCAAAAAUAUUAUGAGUAAUAUGACUUGUUUAUAAAAUUCAUUACAAAUUUAUAAUACAGCAAUUUAGGGUUCGUUUGA